UCAGCCUUACACAGCACUGGCUUCGGCACUGAUAGCAUUGCUUUCCCUGUAAGCACCUGCACUGGGAGCACGGGCAAUGUGUGCAGCCUGCUCUCCUGCACCUCCACCUACCUACCGCAGCUGGUCCUAGGAGAUCACCGUCCUGAGCAGUAAGUUCAUUGUCUGGACACGUGUUGCUGGAGAAUGUCAGAGAACAUUGUAGAAUGUCAGCACCCCGGCUCUCCAGUCUCCAAGUGAAGCUUUCUCGUGUAUUCACAGGAUGUAACUGAUGCAGCCAACAUGACUCUUCUAGGAGGGGAGAAUUCAGACUAUGACUACAGCGCUCUAAGCUGUGCCUCUGACACUUCUUUCAAUCAAAACUUCUUUACAGAAACUGAAACACUAAAAGGGAUAUUUUACAAGAGGGCCAAGCUUUUACAGCCAGGUGAGGAACUCUUUCAUAGCUUUCACCCAGAAGAUCGCAAGCGCCAUGCCAUUAUAAAUGUUGGGGGCAUCAGGUACCUCCUUCCAUGGACGACACUAGAGGAGUUUCCGCUGACACGUCUGGGGCAGCUGAAGUUGUGCAGCAACUUUGAUGAGAUUUUAAGCAUUUGUGAUGAUUAUGAUGUCACCUGCAAUGAGUUUUUCUUUGAUCGGAAUCCUGGGGCUUUCAGAACUAUUCUGACUUUCUUGCGUGUGGGAAAAUUGCGACUCUUACGUGAAAUGUGUGCUCUCUCUUUCCAAGAAGAGCUUCUGUACUGGGGGAUUGAGGAGGACAGUCUAGAGUGGUGCUGUAAAAGAAGGUAUAUCCAAAAGAUGGAGGAGUUUGCUGAGCUCAACCUGCAGGAGGAUGAGCUAUUAGAAAAUGAAAAUGGGUCAGAGCCUGAAGAUGAGAGCAAGCUAAAUAUGUGCAUGCGACACCUGCACAAUAUGGUGGAGAAACCACAGUCUGGACUGCCAGGAAAAAUCUUUGCUUGCCUGUCUGUUUUAUUUGUGACUAUCACAGCUGUGAAUCUCUCUAUCAGCACCAUGCCAGAUUUAAGGGAAGAAGAGGAAAAAGGUGAAUGUUCCAGCAUGUGCUAUAACAUCUUCAUCGUGGAGUCGGUUUGCGUGGGCUGGUUCUCGCUUGAAUUUAUCUUGAGAUUUAUUCAAUCCCCCAGCAAGUUUGUGUUUUUGAGGCAGCCUCUGAACCUCAUAGACAUUGUGGCCAUUCUGCCUUACUACAUCACGCUAGUCGUGGACAACACAUCUGUGGACCAGAAGCCGGGAUCAGGGAACAUUUAUUUGGAUAAAGUAGGCCUUGUACUGCGCAUACUCCGUGCCUUGAGGAUUCUGUAUGUAAUGCGCCUUGCCAGGCAUUCACUGGGCCUGCAAACACUGGGCCUUACUGCCAGACGGUGCACUCGUGAAUUUGGCUUGUUGCUGCUAUUUCUCUGUGUAGCCAUCGCCCUUUUUGCCCCCUUGCUGUACUUGAUAGAGAACGAGAUGGCAGACUCUCAGGAGUUCACCAGUAUCCCUGCUUGCUAUUGGUGGGCAGUAAUCACUAUGACCACCGUUGGCUAUGGUGAUAUGGUACCCAGGAGCAUACCAGGCCAAGUGGUAGCUCUCAGCAGCAUUCUGAGUGGAAUUCUUCUGAUGGCCUUUCCAGUGACCUCUAUCUUUCAUACCUUCUCCCGAUCAUAUGUAGAGCUGAAACAGGAACAGGAGAGAAUGAUUUGCCGGAGGGCACAGCUGCUGAACAAAACUCAGCUGGGUAACAUGUCACACGGAACUGACAUUGUAUCAGAAAGCAUAUCAUCUGAGGAAAAAGACUGAUACAGUACAAUACAGAAGACAUAGAAGCAGCAGAAAUGAUGGCUUGACAAGAUGACUGUAGAGUAGGAGCUUUUUUGCUCGCUAUAGAAUUGCAAAACUGAGCAGCAUAUCUGUGGCAUUCUACAACAAUACCAAGUAUUACCAGGCAUUCCAAGCUCAUAUGGUCAAUGAAAAGAAACGUGUGUCUCCAAAGUACCCCUUGCUAAUUGAAAUUAAGAUCCCCAAUUUCUUGUGAUAAGAGUUAUUAUAUUUAAAUAAAUUAAUUGUUUCCAAAUAUAUCAAAGGUUUAGGUUUAACAUGUUUUUUUAACACCAUUUUUCAAUUUAUAUUUGGAAUGAACUUGUAUAAAAGAUUCACUUUGUAAAUCCAUUCCUUUACAUAUCUUGCAUUGAUUCUAAAUUACAUCUGGCUUUAUAAUCCAGAGCUGUAUUCACAAUUCUGUAGCUUCAGAGCUGAAAUGUCCUAGCUUUCACUGGCGACCUGCAUUCUGGGAAGCUUCGGGGGAGAUUUAUCAAAACCUGUGUAGAGAAAGAGUGGAGCAGUUGCCCAUAGCAACCAUUCAGAUUAGUUUUUAAAUUUUUUAAUAGUCCUCUGAAAAAUAAAAGAGGAGAUAUGAUUUAUUGCUAUGGGUAACUGACCCUUUUUUUUCUGCACAGGUUUUAAUAAAUCUCCCCCAUUUCUGCAGGAGAAAAUGUGUCAAAGGCAGAUGUGAAUCCAGCUGGAAGGGAAAAUAUAAUGGAAGGUGUACUGCUUCUCCCUUCAAGCUGGAUCCAUUUCUGCUUUUGGCACUUUUUUUUUUUUGCUGCAGAAAAUCUGCAGUAUUUCUAAAAUGUGUGUUCCUUAUAAGAGUUCAUCUAAGCUGGAUGGAUAAUCAGCAGAAGAGUUAAUACAGCUCUGAAGUAUAGAAAAAUCUUCAUAUUUAGGGUCAGUACAUGCCUAGUAACAGACUGUAUGUACACGGUGAUUCUACCAGUGGAAUGGUAAGUACAGCACUGGAGUAUAUGGGUCCAUUCACACGUGUGUAUUUCUGCUGCAGAUUUACUUUAGCAGAUUUUGCUGCCCAUUAAAGUCAAUGGGCAGCAAAAUCUGCAGCAGCAAAUCUGCAGCACAAAGACGCACGUGUGAACUGACCCUAAGGGUGCGUUCACACAUGCGCAGAUUUAACAGCCCAUUAAAGCCAAUGGGUUGCAAAACCUGCAGCAAAAAUACGCACGUGUGAACGCACCCUAAUACACGAUGUAUUAGUGAUAUCCCAUUGACAAUAUGAAAAUGUUUUGUAUGGUUUAUCUUUACAGAAACUUCUCUGUUACUGCACACCAGAUGAAGGUAAUAAAGGGGUUAUCUCAGGAAACAUUUUCUUACUUGAAAUGUUGUAUUCCCUUAAUGAGCCAAGAAAGUUACAUUUUUGCAUAUUAAUUUUUUUCUCCUAAGAGCUAUGCCUUUAUUUUUUCCAUCUACAGAGCCAUGUGAAGGCUUGUUUUUUGCAGGACCAUUUGUACUUUGUAAUGUCACCCUUCAUUUUACCAUAAAAUUUACUGCAAAAAACAGUAAAUAGUUUUGAGAUGAAAAAAAUACAUUUAUGCAAAUUUGAGUGGUUUAAUUUUUAUGCCAUUCACUGGCUGAAUGGAUGGGAAUUGGUAUACAGUAAGGACCAGACAUACAGGCUGGAGUGUAGGUUUCUUUGUGGGUUUUAUUUCCCUACAAUUUAUUUUGCACAUUAUUUACUAAGGUUUCCCUACAUUUUCCACUUUCCCUACACUUUGCUUUUUUUUUUUUUACACAUGCUCUGAUCUGUAGGUUUUCCUCAACUCAAAUCCACCACAUUUUAUGUGGAAACCUUAGUAAAUAUGUUGGGUUUUUGUGAAAAUGUCAAGGACACGGCCCUUUUCGGAGACCACGCUCCUUUUCCCCCAGUGGACACGCCCCCUUUAGUUAGUUGGGGUUUUUUCAAUUCUGGCGCAAAUUCUGGUGCAAAUUCUGGCGCAGACAGAAUUUCUGGUGCAAUGCGACAGAGUCUGGCGCACAACCUGACAAAACAUGUUCCGGACGCUGGGGCAGUGGAGUAGCCCUUUAAGGACAAUGAGAACCAGAGCGGUGCUUGCAUCAUGCACUGCAGGUCCUGGCUGCUAUCAGCAGCCAGGGACCCGCCGGUAAUGGCGGACAUCGGCAAUCGUACUGAUGUCCUCCAUUAACCCCUUAAGGACUCGGGUUUUUCCGUUUUUGCACUUUCGUUUUUUCCUCCACACCUUUUAAAAAUCAUAACCCUUUACAUUUUGCACCUAAAAUUCUAUAUUUAAGCUUAUGUUUUGUGCCAUCAAUUCUUCUUUGCAGUAACAGUCAUUUUAACAAAAAAAAAUCCACAUUGAAACGGAAAAAAAAUUCAUGGUGCGACAAAAUUGAAGAAAAUUUUUUUAAUUUUGUAGCUUUUGGGGGCUUCCGUUUCUAUGACACCUUUUCUUUAUUCUGUAGGUCCAUAGGAUUAAAAUGAUACCCUACUUAUAAAGGUUUGAUUUUGUCUUACUUCUGGAAAAAAUAACUACAUGCACGAAAAUUAAUACGGACACAGGGUUUUUCAGUUUUUGCAUUUUCGUUUUUUCCUCCUUAUCUUUUAAAAAUCAUAACCCUUUCAAUUUUCCACCUACAAAUCCAUAUUAUAGCUUAUUUUUUUCGUCACCAAUUCUACUUUGCAUUGACAUUAGUCAUUUUACCCAAAAAUCCAAGGCGAAAUGGGAAAAAAAUCAUUGUGCGACAAAAUCGAGGAAAAAAACACAUUUUGUAACUUUUGGAGGGCUUCUGUUUCUACGCAGUUUAUAUUUCGGUAAAAAUGACACCUUAUUAUUCUGUAGGUCCAUACGGUUAAAAUGAUACCCUACUUAUAUAGGUUGGAUAUUGUCGUACUUCUGGAAAAAAUCAUAACUACAUGCAGGAAAAUGUAUACGUUUAAAAAUGUCCUCAUCUGACCCCCAAUAACUAUUUUUCUACGUACAGGGCGUAAUGAGGGCUCAUUUUUUGCGCCGUGAUCUGAAGUUUUUAUCGGUUUUUAUCGGUACCAUUUUUGUUUUGAUCAGACUUUUUGAUCACUUUUUAUUAAUUUUUUAAUGGUAUAAAAAGUGACCAAAAAUACGCUUUUUUGGACUUUUGAAUUUUUUUUACGUGUACGUCAUUGACCGUGCGGUUUAAUUAAUGAUAUAUUUUUAUAGUUCGGACAUUUACGCACGCGGCGAUACCACAUAUGUAUUUUUAUUGACACUUAUUUUUUUUACAGGAAAAGGGGGGUGAUUCAAACUUUUAUUAGGGAAGGGGUUAAAUUAUCUUUAUUAACACUUUUUUUUGCAGUGUUAUAGGUCCCAUAGGGACCUAUAACACUGCACACACUGAUCUCUCAUGCUGAUCAUUGGCGUGUAUUAACACGCCUGUGAUCAGUGUUUUCGGCGCUUGACUGCUCCUGCCUGGAUCUCAGGCACCGAGCAGUCAUUCGCCGAUCGGACACCGAGGAGGCAGGUAAGGGCCCUCCCAGUGUCCUGUAAGCUGUUCUGGACGUCGCGAUUUCACCGCGGCAGUCCCGAACAGCCCGACUGAACAGCCGGGAUACUUUCACUUUAACUUCAGACGCGGCAGUCUGUAUGGGGCUCAUUUUUUGCGCCGUGAUCUGAGGUUUUUAACGGUACCAUUUUUGCAUUCAUAGGACUUAUUGAUGCCCUAUUUUGGACUUAAUUAAUGAUAUAUUUUUAUAAUUCAGACAUUUUCGCACACGGCGAUACCAUAUAUGUUUAUUUUUAUUUACACUGUGUUUUUUUUUUAUGGGAAAAGGGGGGUGAUUCAAACUUUUAAUAGAGGAGGGGUUAAAUGAUAUUCAUUAACUUUUUUUUUUGCAGUGUUAUAGCUCCCAUAGGGACCUAUAACACUGCACACACUGAUCUUUACCAUUGAUCACUGGUUUCUCAUAAGAAACCAGUGAUCGAUGAUUCUGCCGCUUGACUGCUCACGGCUGGAUCUCAGGCACUGAGCUGUCAUUCGGCGAUCUGACAGCGAGGAGGCAGGUAGGGGCCCUCCCGCUGUCCUGUAAGCUGUUCGGGAUGCCGCGAUUUCGUUCCGGCUAUCCCGAACAGCCCACUGAGCUAACCGGCAUGCUUUCAGUUCCAGUACGUCAUGUGUCCUUAAGGGGUUAAAGGGGUACUCUGCCCCUAGACAUCCACCAUGCCAUGAAGGCCGCAACUCCCCCUCCCAUAGACAUGAGUUACAUGACGUCACGACCAUGGCCGCCCAAACCCAGCCUUCUGAAAAUAGCUUUCAGAACACCGGGUGCUGCGCGAAGAUCGUGGGGGGUCCCAGCUGCGAAGAUCGUGGGGGUUCCCAGACAUCAGGAGCAGAGUACCCCUUUAAAUGUACUAUUUUUGUACAAAAAGUUAUAAUUUUUUUUAAAAGAAGUAAAACAAAAUCAGACCUGUAUAUUCUAUCCAUACAUUUACAUUGUAUGGACCUACAGAAUAAAGCCCCCAAAAGUUACAAAAGUUACAAAAUGGCUGUUUUUUUUUUUUUUUCAAUUUUGUCCCACAAAUGUUUUUUUUUUUUUUGUUUUGCUGUAAAUUUUGAGGUGAAAUGAUUGAUGUCAUUACAAAGUAAAAUUGGUAGCGCAAAAAUCAAGCCCUCAUAUAGGUCUGUGGGUGGAAAAUUGAAAGCAUUAUGAUUUUUAGAAGGUGAGGAGGAAAAAACGAAAGUGCAAAAAUAAAAAAGUCCUUAAAGAGGUACUCCCGAGGAACUGUCCAGAGCUGGAGAAAAUCCCCAUAGCAAACAUAUGCUGCUCUGGACAGUUCCUAAAAUGGACAGCAGAGGUCAGCAGAUAGCACUGUGGUCAUGACAGAAGAGAAAUCCAAAAAGAAAAGCAUUUCCUCUGUAGUAUACAGCCCCGAAAAAGUACUGGAAGGAUUAAGAUUUUUUAAUAGAAUUAACAGAUCUGUUUAACUUUCUGGCACCAAUUGAGUUAAAAAAAAAAAAGUUUUCCACGGGAUUACCCCUUUAAGGGGUUAAAGGAGAUAUCUCAUCCUAAAAAUUACAGAAAAAUGUAUCCCCCUAUCCGCAGGUCCUGAAGGGGUUAGUUGCACUUUUUUUUUUUCGCCAUACAUUUUAUGGUUAAAUGAAAGGUGUCAUCACAAAAUUAAAAAGUUGUCUGUUAAAUGGCAGAAAAAACAAAACCACUAAAAUAAAAAUUGCCUGGUAUUCACAAGGACCAAAACCCACUGUGUCCUUAAGGAGUUAAAUUCUUUGAAAGAACAUGUAUGUUUUAAAAAUAAAAAAGCAAAGCAUACUCACCUGCCCUGAUCCCCUGCUGCUGCUGUCCCCACAGCACCAAGUGCUGGAACGAAACUUCAGGGGAAGUGGUAAGCUUUGGUAGCUCUCUGAUUGGAAGCUGCGGAUGAUUGGGACAGGAGAGUAUGCUUUGUUUUUAUUUUUAAAAGCAACUCAAGUCUAGUAUAAAAAUUUUGUAGCAAAGAAUAACCCUGUAACUAGAAAGUACAAAGACGCUGGUAAUACUGUGGCGCAUCUGACACCGCUAUGUCACAGGUCUGACAGCAGCGAUGCACUAAGUUGCUGUCUGUUUAAAGUAGCAGUAUACUGUUAAUCCCUGUAUAAGUGAAAAAUUAUAAUAUUUAUAGAAAAGAAAGCUAUUUGUAAAAUUAUUCAUCCUGUGAAUUUUACAGAAGAUAGCAGUAAACCAUAACGUUGCAAAAAUGGAUGGGAGAGCUUAACUAAUCUAUAGGGUGCAACCAAGUGUCCCAAGAAUGAAAAGUCAAAACAAUAAAAAAAGAAAAAAAAAAAAACUGUAAAAGGUAGUGCACACCCAAAAAAAAAAAGAAAAUAUAUAUAUAUAUGACACACAUUAGAAAUCACUUACAGUUACAGUUGAGUUACACUACUAACAUACAGAGUGGGCAAAACACUAGCCCCAGACUAUGGAUGAACUCUACCAACUAUAUCCUAAUUCUAUCAACCAUAUCCCCGUCCCAAAGUAUUGAACACAAUGAAAUAACAUUCUAUGCAUGGAACAUAGUAGACAAAACAAAAGGCUAUAAUAAACCUAAACCAUUAAGUAUGCAUGAUUUCACGGAGUCACCGAAUGCACAAGCAAGUGCCAUCAAUCAAAGGAUCAGAAAAAAUACAGCCAUAGAUGGUAAUGGCAUAUUUAACAUGUGCUCCACAGAGGCCCCACAAGUUUCAAUGCUCAGGGCAACUUCCUCAGGGGUUCAGUCAUAAUUUGGGGUUAUAGAGCAAUAUUGAUUAUUUUUAUUUUGCAUGUACUCUUUGAGAGAGAAUGUCUUUCCCCCUCUGAUUGUAAUGUGCUCAAUUGUGAGCUUUUAAAGUUUUUUUUUUAUGUGUGUCAUACAUAUACUUGUUCAACAAAAAUUCAAUUUUGGGGUGCACAAGCUGUUGGUGUUCUUUUUUUAUAUUGUUUAAAAAUAAACUAUAAGCUAGCAAACUGUGCUUAAAAAAGCCACAAAACUCUGUAAACAAUAGCUUUAAUAUAGCAUAUUUUUAUUUCAAAGCCUAAAACGUCUUUGUGUUUGAUAUUCUAUUUUUGCCAUAAAUAAUAUUAUUUCUAAUAUGUUUUCUGUAGAUAUCUGUACAUAAAGACAAGUAAUAAAUAAAGUGGUGAUGAAACAUG